AAACCCUCUUCUCUGCUCAUUUGCAAAGAGACAACAUUUUGUAUCUGUGGGUCAAAGCGUUCCAGCUCCUGUGACAAAAAACAGCCAAAGUCUCAAUGCUGCUGCACCUCAGAUGAGGGUGUCCUCCCUGUGUAUGACCCAAGUGCGCACAUCUGCUGCGAUGGCUGUGUAACUGGAAGGAAACUUUGGAAAGAUCAAUGCUUCGGACAGACAUCUUAUUGCUUGGCACAAAGCGGAGUCCUCUGUCGUAAAGGCACCUUGUACAAGUACAGAGAUGAUGAAGAUGUAUGUUCAGCUGGAGGGACUCAUCCCUCACCUGAACAACACUACUGCGGGAGAGAACUCUAUCUUCCUGAGGAGGACAUCUGUUGCCAUGGACAAAGGCAUGCCAAAAAUGGAAACUCUCACUGCUGUGGGGGGGGAGCCUACAACAUCUCAGACCCAAAGAAGAAGUGCUGUGCGGGAAGACUUUACAACCUGACUGGACAAAGUGGAGAGAAAUAUUAUAACUGCUGUGGAUCCCUUCUGCAAACCCCAGAGAGUGUUUGCUGCUCCAGCGAGUUCAAUGAGGUGCUCUACUCUAAAAAGAGUGGGUUCGGAUGUUGUGGUCACCAGUACUUCAACGCCUCACUGUGGUCAUGCUGCGCAGAAAGGCUGAGUCCAGCAAAGAACCAAAUCAAGAGUAUCAACGAAUCCAAACUCCUUUCCAUAAACAAUCUGAAUGAAUCAGAUCUUUGCAACAAAAUGCAAAUCGGGACAGUGGACAGUGUGUCUCUGAACAGCAUCGUGUUUCGUGAUGUGCUGAAAAUCCAUGGAAGAAAUGCCACUAUGACACAUUUGGCCUUGCCUCACAUCCUGAAGACACCUGACUGCUUCAGCUUCCCUAAACUGACCCCAGGAAAGAUCUACUUCUUUGAUGGAAAGAAUGUCUUCGUUGAUUUCAACCACGAUUCUGUUCUCCAGUCACUCUAUUUCAUUUUUUCCAAGUGUUAUGGUCCUUAGGUCACCACCUUUAUAUGUUACAACCAAGUUUCUCUGUUGCUGUAUUCAUGGUCAGGGUUGGUAAAUGUAUCUGAAAAAUCUUCAAUCUUUUAUUACUUAUCAGCUAUUUAAAAGGUAGUUACAAUAUUUUUCUAUUAUCAUCAUCUUAAGGGACACUGUAAUUAACACGCAGCCAACUACGGUUUUUAGACUGACAGGCUUUUCUCAUGCACUUUUUAUACGUACCUAAAAACGCAAUGCACUAUAAAUAGUAUGUGACACACCUGAUUGUGAGCCAGGAAAGGUGACGUAGUAUAAAAAGCAACAAAGUCUUUAUUGGGAGGAGGUUGAGGUUGAUGUGUGGGUUCAUCAAACUCAACCUCUGUCCCGUGUGAAACUAAAAGUCAAUGUUGAAUUCUUUGUUCCGUAUCUUUUGCACAAAAUAACCCCACUUCCUUAAGUAUUCUAACCCGAAACACUAUCCUUUCUAAACCUUACAAAGUAGCUUUGCUACCUAAACAGGUUCUGCAGUGCAGGUGCACAGGCACACUUUUGUAUUACUAUUGUAUUCCCAGAAUAUGGCACAACAAAUUACAAAAUGAAUGUCUCUGUGUGCAAAGUAUCGAUAAGCCAGCGAUUCUAAUCUAAAACACUUUCAUAAUAUUUAGUGAAUAUCUUCUCAUAAGCUAUCUGUCCGUUCUGUGUUUGCGUUACAAUAAAAAUGUGGUGUUCAAAAACAGGAUUACCUGAGAACUUGCCAUCUAACCUCGGGUCAAUGCCAUACAUCCUGCGUCACACAGUGAUGUGUGUCUGGUGCGCUUACUCCUUUGCUUGCAUCAGGUAAUUGUACAUUUUAAUAAUAAGCUUGUAAAAAGUUGUUUGUUAACCUAAUCUUUGCAUUAACCCCGGGCUUAAACCUACAGGAGGUCAACACACCCUUGUGACUGACAGACAUAAAGCCAUCCCUCCAAAAUGCCCAAGUAUUUAGGACAUUAUUAUCAACAACCUUUUGCAGAGUUUUACUUGAAACUGAUUUGAUCUGAACUCUGUAUUGACUUUGUCUUGACUGCCUUUGGACUGGUCAUUGAAACAGUUCAAUACAGAAUAAGCUAAUGUGCUCUGGCUUUCAGUAUAUUAUGCUAAUCAUUGUUUGUUAAUUGUUAUACUUUAUUAUUUGUAUUCUUUCACUAAAUUCUUAUGAAAACUGUUUGCACACAUGCCAUUCACUCACGUUGAAAUGUAAAUUACAGGAUUUAUCAUGUCAUUAUUAUUUAAUAAAGCUAUGACUUAAUUUAAAAGAAACAUCAGGGGUACUAAUGUGCCAUAAGGAAGCAAAACCUAAUCACCCAAAGAAUAAGCUGUCCAUUGACAUCAUUGUAUUUAUUACAAACUAUUAGGCUGCACCUUUUCUGUAGAGUACUGUUCAUCUCUGUACUGUAUGAACUUAAACUAAAAUAUAUUUUCCAAAUCUAUAGUUGAAUUUCUUUCUAGUUGAAGUAAGUGUUAUAAACCUGGUAUUACA